UGCCCCGUGAAGCAAAAGGUAAAACGACGUCGGAUGACCUCCACCGACCCAGCUCAGCAUUGGAAUUGUCCCGACGAAACUCUCUCUUUUCUCUAUCCACUAAUCCAGAACUGAGAACCAGAAGAAGUAAAUUAACAUUAAAACAGAGAAACCAAGAAACAGAGCAAACCUUCUAUCCAAGAUUCAAUUUCGAUAGCAACAAAACACAGAGAGACCCAUACGCACUCACGCACCAGCCCACACUGCACCAAAUUCAAUAUUUUCAAAUUGUUUUUUGCUUAACUUAUUGUUUGAUUAAAAAAUUGUUUUUGUAAUAUUAUCCAUCGCUUUGGCUUGAAGAGGACGUGAACCGCCGUUUCAAGCCAAACAUAUAAACUAUUUCUUGUUUCGUAAAUCUAAAAGUUCCGUUCACGCUUCGCUAUCAUACACUUAACUCACUCACUCACUCUUCCUCGUUUUGUUUCAAUCUUUGAACUUUCGGAAAUGGCUUCUUUAACCCCAAUUUCGCAAUCCCAGUCCCUUUUUAACAAGACCCGUUGCCCACCCAAGUCUCUCACAAGCCCCAAUUUAGGCUCUGAUUUCUUGCUUAAAAAAUCCUCUGUUUCGAUCCCAAGGAUGAGUACCAGAGUGCCCAUGAAGGCUGCUGGGGUUGUUUCUGCCACCACAGCGGAGAAGGCCAAGAAGAGAUACCCGGGUGAGUCAAAGGGGUUUGUGGAGGAGAUGAGGUUUGUGGCCAUGAAAUUACACACCAAGGACCAAGCUAAGGAGGGUGAGAAGGAGGUCAAAGAGCCUCAGGAGAGACCAGUGGCUAAGUGGGAACCAACCGUUGAUGGGUAUUUGAAGUUCCUUGUGGAUAGCAAGUUGGUGUAUGAUACCCUUGAAGGGAUUGUUGAAAAGGCCCCUUUCCCUUCUUAUUCUGAGUUCAGAAAUACUGGAUUGGAAAGGUCUGCAAAAUUGGCAAAGGAUUUGGAGUGGUUCAAGGAGCAAGGCCAUGUCAUACCAGAACCUUCUGCUCCUGGUGUUACCUAUGCAGAAUAUCUUAAGGAACUGUCGGAGAAGGAUCCUCAAGCAUUUCUGUGCCAUUUCUAUAAUAUAUACUUUGCUCAUUCAGCUGGUGGUCGAAUGAUUGGGAAAAAGGUGGCUGAAAUGAUACUCGACAAGAAGGAAUUGGAAUUCUAUAAAUGGGAUGGUGAACUUUCCCAGUUGUUGCAGAAUGUAAGGGAGAAGUUGAAUAAAGUUGCCCAGAGCUGGACGAGGGAGGAGAAGAACCAUUGCUUGGAAGAAACCGAGAAAUCAUUCAAACAUUCAGGAGAGAUUCUUCGUCUAAUAUUGUCGUGAUGCCACAUGAUAUGAUAGUGUGCAGCCACUGCUGUUGUGAUCUUGUGUUUCCAUUGCCACACGCCUCAUCUUAAAAACUGUCCGCGGAGGCGUGAGAUUUACAGUUAUUGUCCUUGAAAAGGAAAGAAACAAUUGUGAAAUAUGUAAAUAAGAUUUGGCUUACCCCUUUUAAUUUAUGGAGUGCUUAUUUCCAACUGAUCUAUUUCUACGCUUUUAUUUUAA